AUGAAUUUAACGUGCAAUUCGACGUUGGACGACCUUCGGAUCCUGCCGACGUCCGAGAUCAAGAUCGCUGGCCCGUUCACCUUCCACACCCUUGCCGAGGUUAUCUCUGCGGCAUGCACGGCGAUCGCGAUUGCUAUGAGCACGCUCCUGAUCUUCCAGCAUGCCCGGCACUACACCAAGCCGGCUGAGCAGAAGCACAUCAUCCGGAUCCUCUUCAUGGUCCCUGUAUACGCGGCGUCUUCGUUGCUGUCUCUCCACUACUACUGGAACGCCAUAUACUUCCAGGUGAUCAGCGACUGCUACGAGGCGUUUGCGAUCUCGUCCUUCUUCGCGCUGCUCUGCGCCUACAUCGAUGUCGACCUCCACGAGCAAAAGAACUUUUUUCGCCAGAUGCGACCGAUCAAGGAGUGGGUCAUGCCGGUGACCUACUUCAAGAAGUUCUGCGGUGGCGAGCGCGGGCCGUGGCGCACUCCGAUCAGCGGCCUGACUUGGUUCAACAUCAUCUGGAUCGGCAUCUACCACUACUGUUUUAUCCGGGUAGCGAUGACGGUGACGGCGGUCGUGACGCAAUACUAUGGGCGCUACUGCGAGAGCUCCAACAAUCCGGUGUUUGCCCAUGUCUGGAUUCUCGUGAUCAACUCGGUUGCCGUCACCAUCGCCAUGUACUGCGUGAUUCAGUUCUACGUGCAGUUGCGCACGGCCUUGUCGGAUCACUCGCCCUUUCUCAAGGUGCUUGCGAUCAAGCUCGUCAUCUUCCUCUCGUUCUGGCAGUCGACCAUCAUCUCGCUCGCGACGUCGUACAACAUUGUGAAAGCGUCGGACAUUAUAGCGUACCCCGACAUCAAGGUGGGCAUCACAUCGAUGCUUCUGUGCGUGGAGAUGGCAGCCUUUUCGAUUCUGCAUCUGUGGGCGUUCCCGUACCGGCCGUACAUGGACUCGGCGCCUGCGACGUUUUACCCGGUGCCGGACCCGGAUGCGUCGUACGCCAUUCCGAAGCAGAAUCUGCAUCAGCCCCGCAGUGGUGGAUUUAUGGGCCUCCGGGCGAUCGGCGAGGCCCUCAACAUCUGGGAUGUGGCCAAGGCGUUUGGACGUGGGAUCCGGUGGCUGUUUGUGGGCGUGCGACACCGGCGCGACGACGUCAGCUACCAGGCGCCGUACAAGACGCCGGAGAUGGACAUGGACGAGCUGUCGGCGGAUCACUUUAACGGGGCCAAGCAGGGAUCUGUCCGUGUGGCAGCUGGCGGCGUGAUGGCAGGCGGAAUCGACACGGCGUACCACCCGGGCCACCACCCGGGCCUGGCUGCGAUGAAGGGCACAGAACCACUACCGAUCGCGACGUCUUUGCGGCACAGCCGAUUCAACACUCUGCACAGAGGCGGCAGCAGCAGCAGCAGCAGCGGCAGUUCAGGCGUGCUCCGAGAGGGCGAAGGGAGCGGACCGAACGGUACGGCGCCAGGCAAUCGGCGACAGCUCAGCGACGAGGCAGCAGGACUGAUCGCAUACGCACAGCCGAUGUCAACGCAUGGGCCCGAGGGCAGCCCCGAGCGGUACGGAGAAGCACGGCAAGGGGGGAUGAGAGAGGCGGUGUAUCGGGAUGUGGUGUACGAGGAAGAGCUUGAGCAGGGGGGCUACUACCAGGACGGAUAUGCACCGAGCGGCUACAACCGGGGAGGCUAUGGGCGGGGAGGCUACAACCAGGGUGGCUUUGGGCGGGGAGGCCACAACCAGGGCGGCCAGGUAGCCGGGGGCUACAGCCGGGGAGGCUACAGUCAAGGGUCUUCUGGGCGGAGAGGGAGUCAGGCAAGAGGAGGACAGGCCGACGACUCGCCGCCGCCCGGAAUGCGAUGGGGAGAGGCCAGGUGA